UUGAGUAAGUCUUGACGUCGCCAAAAUAGUCUUUAAAUUCGCAAAUCAAAAAUUCGUACAUCGAUCAUUCUGAGUAGCAGACGACGAUGCUGGACCAGGCCCUAGAGCGCGAUGACGUGGAGCUGGAGGACGAGGAGACGAGCUUCUUCACCGACAUCGACGAGAUGCAGGCACACGGCAUCAACGCCGCCGACAUCAAGAAGCUCAAGAGCGUCGGCAUCUGCACCAUCAAAGGCGUGCAGAUGACGACUCGCCGCAAGCUCUGUGCCAUCAAGGGUCUCUCCGAGGCCAAAGUCGACAAGAUCAAAGAGGUGGUGGCGAAGCUGAGCGGUGCAGAUGCUUUCGUCACGGCGCUGGUGGUGUGCGAGCGACGGCGCUGCGUCUUCAAGGUGAUCUUCAUCGACACGGAGAACACAUUCCGGCCCGACCGUCUACGCGGCAUCGCCGACCGCUUCAACCUGGACCAGGACGCCGUACUGGACAACGUGCUCUACACGCGCGCCUUCACGUCCGACCAUCAACUCGAUAUCCUCGACCACGUGGCCGGCAAAUUCCACGAGGAAGGCGGCAUCUUCAAGCUCCUGAUCGUGGACAGCGUCAUGGCGCUCUUCAGGGUCGACUACUCAGGUCGCGGAGAACUAGCAGACCGACAACAAAAACUCGCGCAAUAUUUGUCGCGUCUACAGAAGAUCAGUGAAGAGUACAACGUGGCCGUGGUCAUCACCAACCAGAUGACUUCAGACCCUGGGGCUGCCAUGUCCUUCCAGGCAGACCCUAAGAAGCCCAUCGGGGGUCACAUCCUAGCCCACGCCUCCACCACGAGGGUGUCCCUCAGGAAGGGCCGCGGGGAGACAAGGAUCGCUAAAAUAUACGACAGUCCCGACCUGCCUGAGAGCGAGGCUACCUUCGCCAUUACUGCUGGGGGAAUAGCUGAUGCCAAGGAGUAGGGCUUGGGGUGGUGCUGAUGCCAAGGAGUAGGGCUUGGGGUGGUGCUGAUGCCAAGGAGUAGGGCUUGGGUGCAACUGACAUCGAGAGCUGUAAAUAUGAUGAUGAUGCCAAGAAGUAGUG